GUGGGAUUUUAAUGUUGGGUAAGAAAGCCCAAUGGGCCCAUUAAUAACUAAAACAAUUCAGAUACCGAAAUCAAAUACGACGGUGUUCUGUGGAUAUAACUCCGAGUUAGGUCGUUUUUCCGGUUAGGACAAUUUACCGCCGACUAGUAAACUUGGAGUUUCAUUCACCGGUGGAGAUGGAGGCAGGGGAAGAGAAGAGCAAGAAAGCAGGAGGGUCUCGUCUCUGCUGCAUCUGUAACCAGUGACGACCUGUCCUAAAACGACCGAAAACCCUUCAACAGAUAUGCAGAGAGUGUUUCUAUGAGGUUUUUGAGGAAGAGAUUCACCAAGUCAUUGUUGGGAAUCGUUUGUUUAAGUUCGGUGAACGAGUUGCUAUAGGUGCCUCCGGUGGAAAAGAUUCUUCAGUGCUGGCAUAUGUGUUAUCAGAACUAAACAGACGUCACAGUUACGGACUCGAUCUUUUUCUUUUGUCUAUUGAUGAAGGGAUAACGGGUUAUCGUGAUGAUUCUCUCGAGACUGUUAAAAGGAACGAAGUUCAAGUAAGCUUUUGAAUUUAUGUGUUAUGUGUUCACUCUAAAAUUUUGUGAUGAUUUGUCAUUCUUUGUUUUCCCAGUAUGGAUUGCCUCUUCAGAUUGUUUCAUACAAAGAUCUGUAUGGAUGGACAAUGGACGAGAUUGUGAAGAUGAUCGGUUUGAAGAACAAUUGCACCUUCUGUGGUGUAUUCCGUCGACAGGUGAGGAGCAAGUUUCUUCAUAGCAUUCCCUCUUUGAGUAAGUUUCUUCAGAACCGUCUUUUCUGUUUUAUGAUUCUAUGUCUGGUUGAAUUUUUGAAGGCACUUGAUCGAGGAGCUGCGUUAUUGAAAGUAGAUAAGCUAGUCACUGGACAUAAUGCAGAUGAUAUAGCCGAAACAGUUGUCUUAAACAUACUGCGAGGCGAUAUUGCUAGAUUGAGUAGGUGCACAUCAAUCACUACAGGCGAAGAUGGUCCAAUUCCAAGAUGUAAACCUUUCAAAUAUACAUACGAGAAGGAGAUUGUCAUGUAUGCUUAUUUCAAGAAGCUGGACUACUUCUCCACUGAAUGCAUAUACUCCCCUAAUGCUUAUCGUGGAUUCGCCUGUGAGUUCAUCAAUGACUUGGAAAGACUAAGGCCAAGGGCUAUUCUGGAUAUCAUCAAGUCAGGUGAAGACUUCAGAAUUGCCACAACCACGAAAAUGCCUGAGCAAGGGACUUGUGAGCGAUGUGGGUAUAUUUCUAGCCAGAAAUGGUGCAAAGCUUGUGUUUUGUUGGAAGGAUUGAACCGUGGUCUGCCUAAGAUGGGCAUUGGAAGACCAAGAGGAAACGUAAAUGGUGAUUAUAAGGACAUAAAGGCUAGAUCUACUGCAAAAACUAUAGAGAGCAAACAAUGUGGAUCUCUGGAUUUCUAAAUUAAGAGAAAAACCAAAGCUAUGAGACUGCAAUGGAUGCUGUGAUAGUUGCCAAACUGUUUUUGUAUAGAAAGCUGUUAAACUUAAAAACCCAUUGUUGUAAAACUUAUCCUAGUAGAAGAAUUAUGGGUUUCCCUUUAUGGCACAGAGGUUUUUGCAGCUGGUUCUCUGGCUUAGUGGUGGUCCUGGUUAGUGAUGUUUGAACCUGCAGUAUUACACCAUCAAUGACCUCAACCACUAGCUGAUCAACCUAACUCAUUUCAAGUCAACCUGGUUUUCAUGAGUAAUAAUAGACACUUAUUUGACAUUGAAACAAUCGCUUAAUUUGU